AUGAGUAUACAGAUCAAGGCAAGUAACACGCUAUUAAACUGUAUCGACAAUUCCGGUGCCGCCGUUGUCGAGUGCGCCGCCGUCCUGAAGAAGAAAGGAGCAGCGACAAUCGGUGACCGGAUCAUCGUCGUAGUGCAAAAGCAGCGUAACUUUGGAUCGGAGGCCAGCGGUGCCAGCACGGCCAUCGCAAACAAAGUCCGUCGCGGAGAUGUCAGACACGCCGUUGUUGUGAGAGCAAGGCAAAAUAUACAAAGACCGGAUGGUAGUUGCAUCAAGUUUGAUGACAAUGCAUGCGUCCUUAUCAACAAGUCUGGGGACCCGAUCGGGACGAGAUUGAACGGAGUUGUUGGAGCGGAACUACGGAACAAAAAAUGGUCGAAAAUAUUAUCUUUGGCACCAAUGCAUGUGUAA